UCUCACUCUCUUUCCGCCCAAAAAAAACUCUCACUCUCUCAGUCUCCAUCCUAGAAACAGAAACGGAGAAGCCCUAAAGCAAUCCUAAGAUCAAAACCCAGACGAGCGAGACGACCUCCCUCAAAGUCUCACGCUCUCAGUCUCCUUCGAUUUGUGUUGGCCAUGGGCCAUGGCUCAAUGUAAUUGAGCGACUUCAGCCUGCGAUUUCUUCCCGUGAGCACUUCGAUUGAAACUGGCAAAGUCGGAAUUGACAUAUCUAGAAGCUCGAUUGAUCUGAAAUGGGUCUUCUCAGCAUUAUUCGAAAAAUUAAAAGGAAGGAGAAAGAAAUACGUAUACUCAUGGUCGGGCUUGACAAUUCGGGAAAAACUACAAUUGUGCUGAGGAUUAAUGGGGAGGACACCAGCGUCGUCAGUCCCACCCUCGGCUUCAACAUCAAGACUCUCACUUACCAUAAGUAUACACUUAACAUAUGGGAUGUGGGGGGUCAAAAAACAAUACGAUCUUAUUGGAGAAACUAUUUUGAACAAACUGAUGGUCUCGUAUGGGUAGUUGACAGUUCUGAUCUUAGAAGAUUAGAUGACUGCAAAAUGGAGCUUGAUAAUCUUUUGAAGGAAGAGAGGCUAUCAGGAUCGUCCUUACUGAUACUAGCAAAUAAGCAGGACAUAAAAGGUGCCCUUACUCCACAAGAAAUUGCCAAGGUUUUGAACUUGGAGGCUAUGGAUAAAACUCGACACUGGAAUAUUGUUGGGUGCAGUGCAUACACGGGUGAGGGGCUGCUUCAGGGAUUUGAUUGGUUGGUCCAAGACAUUGCCUCUCGGAUCUAUGUGCUUGACUAAUGCCUGUUUUCAGUAAUUCUACGUUUGUUAGUGUGUUGAGUGUAGGCCUGGGAUCGGUUUGGCUCGGCUCGGCUCGGGAACAGGCCGAUACCGAUACCGAUACCGAACCGAGUUUAUAGUCUGCUCGGUUCGGUUCGGGAUGUCGGAAUCUCAUCUGCAAAACCGAUUAGUCCUGAAACCGAUCGGUUUGGUACCAAUCGACAUGAACUGCUUUGAAUAGCAAAAUUUCCAGAAACCUGAAAAAAUGCAGCUUUGUAAAUUUGUAAACCUUUCUAAUUAGUUCUCCAAUGAACUGCAUGCA